UCUCUCUUUGCCAAAUAAGAAGAACCUAAACUUUUGGCUAUCUGCAACCUGUGAGGCUCACUUUAUAAUUUUUCAUCAUUCUUUAUGCCUUUUCAGACUGCUCAACUAUUUUUAGAAGUAGACAGUGUUCCCGAUAAUGCAGUAUAUCCUGCAAGUUCAACCUUUGCAAAUUGUGCCAUCCAGGGCAACUGACGUGUGAGCAAAUUUCCAUGGUCACCUGGUCAGCUCCUUUAGAAAUGUGAGCUGGCUAGUCAAGGUUUCAGUGCUUUUUCCCCCUCUGUAUGCAAUGCAGGUAAGUAUCACCUGCAUGUUUCAAUGAACUGCAAGGUUAUUGAAGGUUUGUAUUUUCAAAUGCUUCUGAUUCAUCAAAUCCAAUUAAAAAUGAAAAUAAAGAUUUAUUUAUGUACAUAAAUAGGAGGGAAUAGAUGCUCUUUUUGUUUUGCGGGGAGACAAUAGGUAUAAAUCUCGAGAGAAAAAUAAGAAAGUUGGUGUGCAAAUAUUUUCAAAAUAUAAAAGCGUGUACUUAGAACUGUCAGGAACUUAUACAUGAUAGACCAUUUUAUCAUAGACUCUGGCAUUGGAGAUUUCUAGAAACCAGAGAAAUAGAAUAUGUCUAAUGUAUAGUGAAUGCAAAAGUAUAUAUUCCAAGGAAUACAAAACUAAGUGGAAACAAGAUUUUCAAAAUGAGUGUUAUAUAUUUUCCUUCUGGCUUUUUAAAUUUUUAAAUUGUUCCUUCAGCCACCAAGUGAUUUGAUAGUUUCUGAGUAGCGUUUACCUUUGGUGGUAGCUUCAUCUUCCCUGUUGUUCAAAGUGGUAGAACACAGGUGGUGCUCCCUUCCUCUGUUAUUUGUAAGCUGGCAUGGAGCAGAAGGACACCUUCUGAAGUUUUAUUUGUGCUGUGUUUUCUCUCGCUGCAACAAGAGAAGCCUUUCUUUUAACCUGAAUGCUUUGAAGAAGUGACUCACAAAUCUUCAUGGCCUCUAAAGAUCCACCGAACCAAAGAAGUAGAGGUCUGCCUGGUUUUCUUCCUGGAGCUUCAGACCCAGACCACGAGCUUCAUGUCUCACCUUCCUAUCCAGUGAACCAAGUGUGGCAGCCAGGUCACUCUCCGCCAGGCAGCCUCCCUCCUGGCCUAGAAUAUUUAAGCCAGUUAGACCUGAUAAUUAUACACCAGCAGGUGGAGCUUCUCGGAAUGAUACUUGGAACUGAAACGUCGAACAAAUAUGAGAUUAAAAACAGCUUGGGACAAAGAAUAUACUUUGCCGUGGAGGAAAGUGUCUGCUUCAAUCGCACUUUCUGUUCCACACUGCGGUCCUGCACCCUGAGGAUCACCGACAACUCGGGUCGAGAGGUGAUCACCGUGAGCCGGCCCUUGAGGUGUAACAGCUGCUGGUGCCCUUGCUACCUACAAGAGUUAGAAAUCCAAGCUCCUCCUGGUACUAUAGUUGGUUAUGUUGCACAGAAGUGGGACCCCUUUCUGCCUAAAUUCACAAUCCAAAAUGCAAACAAAGAAGAUAUUUUGAAUAUUGUUGGUCCUUGUGCAACAUGUGGCUGUUUCGGCGAUGUGGAUUUUGAGGUGAAGACCAUUAAUGAAAAGCUUACAAUUGGGAAGAUUUCGAAGUACUGGUCGGGGUUCGUCAACAACGUGUUCACCAACGCGGACAACUUCGGGAUCCACGUGCCCGCGGACCUGGACGUGAAGGUCAAGGCGGCGCUGGUGGGCGCCUGCUUCCUCCUGGAUUUUAUGUUCUUUGAACACUCACUGGCUGGAUUAUAACAAGCAAGAGGACAAAAACAAUAAAAUAUGCACAACCUAUUUCAAAACCCUUGGGCUUGGAUUUCAUUUCUGAAUGGUUUGAGUAUUUACUCAUUUGUAACACAAUGUUAAUUAUUAUGUUUAAUAAAGCAUAGUGUAAUGA